AGGGGGAGCCUGUCUUACUAUGGAUGGAUAAUGUUGCUGGACUCAUGCCGGUAGCGUUGCCAGCCUGUUCCCAAAUGCCAUCAUUCUCAGAAUGGAGCAUUUCCCACAGAGACAGGCAUACCUGCUCCGCCCUAUUCCAGAGUGACCCAGUUGUCAAUUAUACAGAUAUUUCAAUGGUUGGAUGACCUCUGAGCAUUUUAAUAUGUCUUAUCUCUCCUGAAGGAGUUUGGAUUUAAGUGAACACUUAAAAGUGAUUAAUUCGUUUUCUAAUCGCCUUCCUGGUUCUGCUCCCAAAAGGACUUGAGGGUACAAAGGACCUUGCUUUUCUCUAUCUGGUGUUCCAUUCUUAACCAGUGGUUUCAUUGCCCAGACCUGAGGUAUAAGAAAGAAUUUUCAGGGCAGCAUGGCGGCGGGGGCGGCUGAGGCAGCGGCAGCCGUGGUGGAGGUCGGCUCAGCCGGGCAGUUUGAGGAGCUGCUGCGCCUCAGAGCCAAGUCCCUUCUUGUGGUCCAUUUCUGGGCACCAUGGGCUCCGCAGUGUGCUCAGAUGAACGAUGUGAUGGCAGAACUCGCCAAAGAGCACCCACAAGUCUCUUUUGUGAAGUUGGAAGCAGAAGCUGUUCCUGAAGUAUCUGAAAAAUAUGAAAUUAGUUCUGUUCCCACCUUUCUGUUUUUCAAGAAUUCUCAGAAAAUCGACCGAUUAGAUGGUGCCCAUGCCCCAGAGUUGACCAAAAAAGUUCAGCGACAUGCGUCUAGCGGCUCCUUCUCACCAAGUGGUGGUGAGCACCCGAAGGAAGACCUCAGCCUGCGCCUGAAGAAGUUAACUCACGCUGCCCCCUGCAUGCUGUUCAUGAAGGGAACUCCUCAGGAGCCGCGCCGCGGUUUCAGCAAGCAGAUGGUGGAAAUUCUUAACAAACAUAAUAUUCAGUUUAGCAGUUUUGAUAUCUUCUCAGAUGAAGAAGUUCGUCAGGGCCUCAAAACCUAUUCCAAUUGGCCCACCUAUCCCCAGCUCUAUGUUUCUGGAGAGCUCAUAGGAGGACUUGAUAUAAUUAAGGAGCUAGAAGCAUCUAAAGAACUAGAUACGAUUUGCCCCAAAGCCCCCAAGUUAGAGGAAAGUCUCAAAGUACUGACAAAUAAAGCUUCUGUGAUGCUCUUUAUGAAAGGAAACAAACAGGAAGCUAAGUGUGGCUUCAGCAGACAGAUUUUGGAAAUACUAAAUAGUACUGGGAUUGAAUAUGAGACAUUUGAUAUAUUGGAAGAUGAAGAAGUUCAGCAAGGAUUAAAAGCUUACUCCAAUUGGCCAACGUACCCUCAGCUGUAUGUGAAGGGGGAGCUUGUCGGAGGACUGGACAUUGUUAAGGAACUGAAAGAAAAUGGGGAGUUGCUGCCUAUACUGAAAGGAGAAAAUUAAUGAACGUUAGACUUGGUGCCCACCCACUGCAGGAAGGCUUCCUCCAGCGAAGCAGUUCAGGAUUUAGUCCUCAGAAACGGACUAGGAGGAGAAAAUGCUCAUCCCCAGUUACGCUUUGUGUAUUUCACAAGGCUGUGCUAAAUAACGUAUGUGACCUUUUUUUCCACCAAAACUAGAACGCAAUAAACAUCUUCAAGUUCAAUUAAAAAUAAUUGUAU